AUGAUGCUGCAAUUUAUCACAACAGACUACGAGUGUCGAAAUUCUACAACAUUAAACUGUGCUACCAUUAAAUAUUUGAGAAAGGAAUUUCCUCUUCUAAAUUUAAAAGCUUUCAUGAAAGGUCAUGAACAUACAUUAGUGAAAACUCCUUCAAAAUCAUGUACAAAUAAUAAUGAAUGCAUUGGAUCACACAUAAGUCCCAAUAAUUCUACAAAAGCCUAUAACACUGAAUUUAUUGAACUAACCAAGAUUAUCUGGACAGGAAUUGGGACAGUUGGUUCAGUAAUUACAAUAUGCAGCAUGUUAACUGCUAUAUUGAUAUAUACAGUAUAUCCAAGUUUACGAAAUUUCAGAUUUAGAAUACAUCUUCAUUUAUUCUUCGCAUUACUACUGGAAUCUAUUGCACAGCUUAUAUUGUCUUAUCUUUUGUUAAGUAAAGUUAAUCAAAUAAAUGUGAAUAAUGUUGAAAAUGAAACAAUACAUCAACCAUUCUCAAGUUCAAAAGAGAUGAUGUACAGUCCCAAUUCACAAUCAACAUAUAUAAUUAUACAGAAUACUAUGAUAAUUAUCUGGGAAUUAUGUCAAACUUGUGUUUUCACAUGGACAUUUAUCGAAGGAAUUCAUAUACACGAAUUAAUUGUCGUUUCAGUAUUUCAACCGUCAGUGAAUAUGUAUCCUUUGAUGAUUGCAGCAUGGGUUGUACCUAUUUUCAUAACAGGACUGUGGCUAAGUGCAUGGCUAUAUACAAAUAAAAUAGAAGUAAGCUGGUCAUUUUAUACAUUUCAUUCAACUUACUGGAUUUUGAAUAGUUUCAGAUUAAUUUUACUAUCGACGAAUAUGGCUUUCCUUUUCAAUGUAAUCCGAGCUCUUGUUCGAAGACUUCAGACAAACUAUGCACCGGAAAUUCUGAAAUUAAAAAAGGCCGUAAAAGCCGCUAUCCUUUUAAUGCCGUUAUUAGGAAUUACUAAUUUUAUUGUACUUUUACCAGAACCUAAACAUCCUUUGGGAUUUUUUAUUGUUUCUGGAAUACGUCGAGUGCUGCCAACAUGGCAAGGAUUUAUUAUAUCUGUGAUAUAUUAUUUUAUGAAUAAAGAUGUUCAGAAAUGCAUACACAUGUCAAUCCGAAGAUUCAAAUCAAAAUAUCAACUAGAACAUCAUCGUUUUACUUCAUCUUCUCUACCCAUAACAACUAUACCAACAACAAAUUCCACAUAAGCAAUAAUUAAGAAAACCUACUUUCAUCAAUAGAAUUGAAUUCAGAUAAUACUUAUACUUCGGAUAACGACUAAACACUGAGCAAGAGCAGUUCAAGAUACAAAAACUAAGCAGACAAACACCAAUGAAGACAACUUUAUGAGUCGAAAGGAAUAUAAUUAAAAUAAACAAAUAAAAUGAUGUACAGAACAAAACAUGGUUAACCUUUAACCGAAUAUUAUGACUUACAUUAAAAGCAUUUAAACGAUAUUUUCUGAUUUAUAAUGGUUCUACAAAAGAUUUCGAUAGGCGGAAAUUUUCUCAAAAUCAAUACAAUAUUCAUAAAGAAUAAAAAUAAGACGAUUACAAAAGACUUUUCCAGAAGCAAUUUCCUGAGAUGUCAUGAAAAGCCGAGAUCAGUAGAUUUGGUAAGGUGAGGCGUGAAAAGUAAAAUAAAAUUGAGGAUCGAAUGAGAAUAGAGGAUUAAAAAGAAAUGACUGAAAUUGAGAACGCGUACCGUCAGAUUUUGACUCCGUGACUUAAUAGUAUUGUGUAUCACGAGAAAACUUAAGGGUUUGGUUUCAACCUUAUGUGUGAUUGAAAGAGUACAGAGCUAAGGUGCUUAAAGCCAGAAUAGCAUUCCUACAAAAGAAACAUAUUUGAAACUCAAAGCAACUGUCACUCAAGAAUAAAAUCAGAAUCUUCAACACUUAUGUUGAAAUAAUCCUGUCAUUAGGAGCUGAAAAUUGGAUAACUACUACCAGUAUUUAUAAAAAUCUGUCUACCUAAGAUACACCAGAUCCAUUGGUCAGAGACCACCAACAAUAACUUACUCUGCCAGAGAACAAGCCAGCUACCAGUCGAGGAAGAAAUUAGGAAAACAUAGUGGAGAUGAAUAGGACAUGCUGAGGAAGUCACUAAACUGGAUCAAAAGGCAAGCCCUGAAUUGAAAUUCCCAAUGCUAAAGGAAGAGGCAUAUCAAAGAACACGUGGAUCCGGGAAUCGGAAUCAGACAUCGAGAAUAUGGGAACAACUUAGCAACAACUGAAAAGGAUCACAAAACAGAGAUACUUGAAGCUCUCUGGUUAACAAACUAUACCCCAAGAGAGGUAGUUAGUUCCAGUAACUAAGU